CACUCCCACAGAGCAGCGCGCACACACACAGCCGCCGCCGCCGCCGCCGCUGCCGGACGGCGGCCGGAAGAUGGCCUCGCUGGCGAUCCCCGACGAGCUACUAGUGGACAUUUUCCUCCGCCUCCCCACCCCAGAAGACCUCAUCCGCGCCUCCGCCGCCUGCGUCUCCUUCCGCCGCCUCGUCGCCGACCGCUCCUUCCUCCGGCGCUUCCGCAAGAUCCGCCCCCCGCCCCUCCUCGGCUUCCUCGACUCAGGUCGGCACCUCUUCCACCCCGCCGUACCGCCUCACCCCUCCGCGCCGGCGACCAGCGCCGUCGCCCUCGUCGCCGACUUCUCCUUCGCCUUCCUCCCCGCCCCCCACCAGGACUGGUCCGUGCGGGAAGUCCGCGACGGCCGCGUCCUCCUCGACAGACCCCGCCGCCACGACUCCGGUGAUGGGUUCGGAGCCCUCUUCAUGGAGAUGGUGGUGUGCGACCCCUUGCACCGGCAGUAUCUCCUGCUCCCCCAAUCCCCGACGACCUAGCCGCUCCG